AUAGUUGCUCUGUUUCCAUAUCUGGAAGACCCAUAUGCACCACAUGGAUAUGAACAUUACUACGAUCCAGAGAGUGGUUCAGGAUACCUUGCAUGGCGGUUGAAGACCAUUCAAAGAAAAUCUGCAGAGGAAAGAGGUGCCUCAGUUAGCAAAUCUCCCAAAGUUGGUGGGCCAUGUCAUGGUCGACGCAGGCCUGUCACUGCUGAAAAAGAGCUUUCUGAUGAGAGUGUGGAAGCAGCUAUUGCUGUUUUGAAACAUUCUGCUGAUGAAGAGACUGUCCGUGAGAAGAUGAAAGCUACUUUUGUUUAUCGUCAUUCAAUGGUCAACGAUGAAAAGAAAGCAACAGAUGUCUUCUUAGUCUUUCCACGGUUUCUCGACACCCCAGGAUUGAUAGAACAAGAUUUCAGACUUCUAUUUGGUGAGGCUACUGCCAACAAAUUCUUGGAGAGCUGGCCCACCAAUCUCAAAGCAAAAUUUAUAAAGGAAAGCCAUGGAUUGAUACCCACCACAGAGCUCUUGGAUUUAAUGCGGAGUGCUGAGUCAGCUGCUGAAGCUGAUAAUGGCUGGGACAGUGACAUGUCUGCUAUAUUGCUCCUGCUACAUUUGCUACCCCCAUCUGCACAAGGACGAAACAGACCUGGAAUGAUGUAUGCAUCUCAAGCUGUAGAUCAUGUCAUCAGAUUCUUAAAGGCUGGAAACAGUGUACAGCAGCAUCUAGACAACAUAGCCCAAAGCAGUCAGCCCUACCUUCUUGCUCAGGGACCCAAAAGAAGCAGAAUUCACACUUUCUUCAUUGUGAUCGACAAGCAUGCACUUCCAUGUAAGUCGACAGGUUUAGUGGGAGCCCUUGACAAACUCUUUAAGGCGCAUUAUGUUUUCUGUACAUCAUACAGUCCUUCCCUGACUAACAUUUUCACUUUUCUCCAAACAACCAUUUACAACAUUGACAUUGGAGAAACAAAGGAAACUCCCAGAGUUGCGAGCAAGAAUGCUGCAUUAGUAUCUGAUGAGAUCAAACAAUGA